GCAGGUACAGUGUUACUCUUUCUUUUUCCUUUUUUCUUCUUGAAUGUUCAAUCAAGCACAAGCUGAGCAAACCAACAAAGCUCCAAUCUUUCUCACCAUUUCUCACCAAUGUCUUUAAAACUCAACUACACAAUCUCCCUCCUCCUCUUCCUCAACUUGGGUUCAUCUCUUUUUAGCACCACAGCAAUUGGAGUCAACUGGGGAACCUCAGCAUCCCAUCCUCUCCCACCAGACAAAGCUGUUGAGCUCUUGAAAGCCAAUGGCAUUACAAAAAUCAAGCUUUUCGAUGCAGAUGCUAGUGUUCUUGAAGCCCUUUCUGGCUACAAUGCUGAUGUUACUCUUGGCAUUCCUAAUUCAAUGCUUCAUGGCCUCAACUCCUCUUUUAAGGCUGCUCAGAAUUGGGUUCAUGAUAAUGUGACUAGAUUUGUUUCUCAGGGGGCUGGGAGGUUACGUAUUCGUUAUAUUGCUGUUGGAGAUGAGCCAUUCCUGCAAAGUUAUGGUAACCAAUUUCAUCCCUUUGUUGUUGGGGCUGCCACUAACAUUCAGGCAGCACUGUUCAGAGCAAAAUUGGCAAACGAAGUACGGGUGGUUGUUCCAUGCAGUUUUGAUGCCUUCCAGUCGAAAUCUGGCCUCCCUUCGGGGGGACACUUUAGGUCUGAUAUCAACAAAACCAUGAUUCAACUCCUUGGAUUUCUUGACAAGCAUCAUUCUCCUUUCUUUGUGACAAUUUCCCCAUUCCUAAAAUACUACCAAAAGGAGAACACAUCACUUGACUUUGCUCUCUUUAGAGAAACUGCACACCCACAUAAUGACAGUCACAAGAUAUACAAAAAUGCCUUUGACUUGAGUUAUGAUACCGUUGUUUCUGCAUUAUCAGCAGCUCGAUUCCCACAGAUUGAUAUUGUGAUUGGCCAGAUCGGUUGGCCUACUGAUGGAUUUGCAAAUGCAACUUCUUCUAUCGCAGAAGAAUUUAUGAAGGGCCUGAUAGGCCACCUCAAUAGCAAGUCAGGGAGCCCACUCAGGCCUCAUAAUCCUCCAAUUGAAACUUACAUAUUAAGCCUUCUGGAUGAAAACCAGAGAAGCAUAGCUACUGGAAAUUUUGAGAGGCACUGGGGUAUAUUCACUUUUGAUGGCCAAGCAAAGUACCAUGUUGAUUUUGGGCGGGGCUCAAAGAAGAUGGUGGAUGCUGAGAAUGUCGAAUACCUUUCCACAAGAUGGUGUGUAGUGAACAAUAACAAAGACCUGUCCAACGUAACUGCAAAGGCUUCAGAGGCAUGUUUGCUAGCCGAUUGCUCUGCACUUUCUCCUGGGGGAUCAUGUUUCAACAUUAGUUACCCUGGUAAUAUAUCUUACGCCUUUAAUAGCUAUUAUCAACAGCAGGGCCAAAGAUUCGACAGUUGUGAUUUUGGUGGGUUGGGGUUGAUAACCACAGUUAAUCCAUCAAUGGAGAACUGCAGAUUCUCUGUAGAAAUAUCAACCUCGAUUUCAGUUUCUCGUCGUAUUUUGUAUCUUUUCCAAUGGUUGAUCCCACUUGUUGUAACCAUAUUGUUUUGCUUAUGAUCUGCAAGUCUGUAACAGAACUCUCUUGGUUAAACUUUCACAAGUUGAGGUGCAUUUUUGAA